CUCUCUCAGCUCCAACAUGCUGUCAGGAUCCUUGCCCUCCUCGAUAACAGGGCUCUCAGCAGUUUCAAAAUUGUUUUUACAGAGCAAUCAUUUGAGUGGAAGGAUUCCUGACUCUCUUGGGGAACUCUCCCAACUACACUACAUGAGUCUUGCCUUCAACGAGCUGUAUGGGAGCAUACCGAGCACUAUCACCAAGCUCACACAGCUCAUAUACUU